AGAUGGCAGGUGCCGUUACCCCAGCUGAAGUUGCUGCGGACGGCUCUGACCUGCUUCACCAGAGCCACUGUUGCCUACCCCGAUGACUGUCAGCACGUCUGUUAUGCUCUCAGCAGCCUGGCUUUGUAAGUACUUGUAUGGUUUUCAUUAUGUAAUGCUGACCCACACUGUACUGUGCUGAAUUUAAUAUUAUCUUUCUACAAUGCACUAUCCAGCACGACUCUGUUGAACUGAACUGAACUGGCCUGUUUAUUUAUUUAAUUUUAAUUUUUUAUAUAUACACACAGUGCAUUCGGAAAGUAUUCAGACCUGUUUACUUUUUCCACAUUUUGUUACGUUACAGCCUUAUUCUAAAAUUGAUUAAAUUACAUUUUUCAUCAAUCUACACAAAACACCCCAUAAUGACAAAGCAAAGACAGGUUUUUAGAAAUUUUUGCAAAUUUAUAAAAAAUAAAAACAAAUAGUUUAUUUAAAUAAGUAUUCAGACCCUUUGCUAUGAGACUCGAAAUUGAGCUCUGGUGCAUCCUGUUUCCAUUUAUCAUCUUUGAGAUGUUUCUACAACUUAAUCGGAGUCCACCUGUGGUAAAUUCAAUUGAUUGGACAUGAUUUGGAAAGGCACACACCUGUCUAUAUAAAGUCCCACAGUUGACAGUUUAUGUCAGAGCAAAAACCAAGCCAUGAGGUUGAAAUAAUUGUCCGUAGAGCUCAGAGACAGGAUUGUGUUAAGGCACAGAUCUGGGGAAGGAUACCGAAAAAUGUCUGCAGCAUUGAAGGUCCCCAAGAACGCAGUGGCCUCCAUCAUUCUUAAAUGGAUAAGUUUGGAACCACCAAGACUCUUCCUAGAGCUGGACGCCUGGCCACACUGAGCAAUCACGGGAAGAAGGGCCUUGGUCAGGGAGGUGACCAAGAACCCGAUGGUCAUUCUGACAGAGCUCCAGAGUUGAUCUGUGGAGAUGGGAGAACCUUCCAGAAGGACAACCAUCUCUGCAGCACUCCGCCAAUUAGGCCUUUAUGGUACAGUGGCCAGACGGAAGCCACUCCUCACUAAAAGGCACAUGACAGCCCGCUUGGAGUUUGCCAAAAGGCACCUAAAGGACUCUCAGACCAUGAGAAACAAGAUUCUCUGUUCUGAUGAAACAAAGAUUGAACUCUUUGGCCUGAAUACCAAGCAUCAUGACUGGAGGAAACCUGGCACCAUCCGUACGGUAAAGCAGCAUCAUGCUGUGGAGAUGUUUAUCAGCUGCAGGGACUGGGAGACUAGUCAGGAUCGAGGGAAAGAUGAAUGGAGCAAAGUACAGAGAGAUCCUUGAUGAAAACCUGCUCCAGAGCGCCCAGGACCUCAGACUGGGGCGAAGGUUCACCUUCCAACAGGACAACGACUCUAAGCACACAGCGAAGACAACGCAGGAGUGGCUUCAGGACAAGUCUCUGAAGGGCCUUGAGUGGCCCAGCCAGAUCUCGGACUUGAACCCGAUCAAACAUCUCUGGAGAGACCUGAAAAUAGCUGUGCAGCGACACUCCCCAUCCAACCUGACAGAGCUUGAGAGGAUCUGAAAUAUUUUGGUACCCUUCCCCAGAUCUGUGCCUCGACACAAUCCUGUCUCUGAGCUCUACGGACAAUUUCUUUGACGGCUUGGUUUUUGCUCUGACAUGCACUGUCAACUGUGGGACCUUAUAUAGACAGGUCUGUGCCAUUCCAAAUCAUGUCCAAUCAAUUGAAUCUACCACAGGUGGACUCCAAUCAAGUUCUAGAAACAUCUCAAGGAUGAUCAAUGGAAACAGGAUGCGCCUGAGCUCAAUUUUGAGUCUCAUAGCAAAGGGUCUGAAUACUUAUGUAAAUAAGGUAUUUCUGUUUUACAUUUUUUUAUACAUUUGCACAAAAAAAAUAAAAAAAACCUGUCAUUAUGGGGUAUUGUGUGUAGAUUGAUGAGUAAAAAUAUGUAUUUAAUAUUUUUUAGAACAAGGCUGUAACAUAAUGUGGAAAAAGGGAAGGGGUUUGAAUACUUUCCAAAUGCACUAUAUGUGUGCGUUUGUAUGUAUGUAUUAAUGUCAUUUUCAGGAGCUUCUUUGAGCUUAUGCUGUUCUUUGGGAAAGAGGAGUUCCUGGAGGCCCCCCUGAAGGACAUAUUAGCCUCUUUUCAGGUGAGGCAAGAAAGUGUCAUGUAUUUAUUAUCACUGAGUGCAAUCAUCAUGAUGAUCCAUGUAAAGUGUGUUAAUGUGUGUUCCAUUUCCUCUGUAGGCCUGUCACCGCCGCCUUCUGAGACACAGGAACGUCUACCUGCUGCAGGUGAGGCAGGUCAUCAAAGAUGGCGGUCCCUGGGAGAGACCCGCUCUGCAGGCCAUCCUGAAAGACACAGCCCUCACACAGACAGAAGGUACACACACACAUUCUCUGUUUUUUUGUUUUGUUUGUGAGGUUCCUAUGCAUUUCUUAUUGUCUCUUAUCGCCUUACUUCUCCUCUCUUCCUUCUCCCUCUCUCUCUCCAUGGUACAGUGGAGAAGUAUUUGAGCUCGGAGAAGCCAGUGUUCUUUGAGCUGCGUGUGCGCUACCUGCAGGCCUGUGAGCGAGUGCAGGAGGCCAUGGCCCUGGCUAAGUGCUGCCUGGAGCACCCAGAGGUGUGGAGGCACCUGUUCUUCCACCAGGCCUACCUCACCUGCCUGUACAAGGCCUCACUACACCAACACCUGCACAAGGAGGUCCAGCAACCAUCUAUAACUACCUUUCACUCUAUCUUCAGACAGACUCUCUAAUUAGAGUAGAUUGAUGGACAAUGAGCAUCAUCAGUGUGGACUCAUGGUUUUGUUUCCUCCCUCAGAUGGCUGAGAUAGAUGGUAGAGGCGCAGUAGAGAUCAUCUGUAACGCAGAGAGCCAGGAGAAAGAUGAGCUGCUGCUGUCUCUGUGCAAAGCCUUCCUCAGCCAGCAGCUACACAACGGAGACAUGUACUACAUCUGGUCAGUAACACUGUGAUAUAUACUUAAUGUGCUAAAUCUGGUCAGGGCUCACCACUAUAAACAGGGCUUCAUAAUAAUACAGGACUGUAACAUAAUAGAAUGUUGUGUUCAUACAGGGAUCUGGUGUUCCUGUGGAGCAGACUAUACUUCAGGGCCCAUCCCUCUAAGCAGGGCUUCCUGUCUGAGUGUCGCCAGCUGAUGCUCUCCGCCAUCAACGCCAGCGCCAUCUUCCCCUUCAUCAAAAUCAUCACAGCAGAGGUGGAUGUACAGCCAACCACCAACAAAUAUGACACUCUUGUUUGCUUGUAGUCCUAGUUUACCCUGACUUAGAAAUCAACUUUGUUGUUCUGCUAUUUCCAUAAUUAAAUGUAACACAUUGUUCUUAUUUCUUUGCCAGAUGGGUAGUGAGGGAGUGCCGUUGUGUGUGGAGCUUUGUGCUGCAGCGUUACAGACAGACCUCCAGUCUGACCCUGUAACACGCUGUCUGCUGUGUAAGACCAUCGCCUUCCUGCUCCCCAGGGACCUGGAGGUGUGUCGCCUCUGUGCCCUGCUGGUGUUUUGUCUGGAGCGCAGCAUGGAGGCCUACAAGACCAUGUAUUUGCUCUACACACACCCUGAUGAGGAGCCACACCCCCACCACACCCAUGUCAGAACCAACAUCCGCUUCUAUAUCCUACAGGUCAGAGAAGGGCACCAGGGAGUACGUUUGUUAAAAAAGUAUUUAAUUGUACUGUAUGGCAUUAUGAAAGCCCAUAGGGCUAUUCCAUUUUUUUCUAUGUAGGAAAUGGUGGAUUUCCUCAUUGAGGAUACAUGUUGUAAUAAUAAUGUAAUACUUAUAAUUGAAAACUCUGUCCUGGUCCAGGUGCUGAAGGAAGGUCUGUUCUUUGACCCAGAGUUCUGGAAUCUGCUGACCCUGAGAACACACUGUCUGGAGCUGAUGACUGACAAGGCCAUGAGGGAUGCUCUCAAUGACCUGAAGGAGGAAGAGGAGUUGGAGCAGGUGGAGGAGGAGUGGAUACCAAGCUACUGGAUGGAGGAGGAGACAUGCAGAAUACACACAGACGCCUCCCACCUCCACCCACACACCAACACAGCACUGGAGAGCUCUGAGACUGUAGGCCAGGAACCUAAAGAGGGAUUGAAUGGGGAUGCUCCUGAGUCACAGACAGACUUCCCUGUGAGGAGGAGGAAGAGGAGGUGGAGGAGAAGGAAGUGUAGGUCGGAUGUUGAGUAUGCUGACGACCCAGACAUUAAGUACUCCCUCAUUCCCAAUCACAGUUCUGAAAGCUCCACCAAGCUACCGGCCAAUCGGCAGAGGGAAUACCUGGCCAGGCAUGUGAAGAACAAGAUCCUGAAGAGACGCAGCAGGAAACCAAGAUGGCUGCUUCUGGAGAUGACCAGACAGACGGAGAAUGUGUCCCCGGGGGGAACGAGGGAGAAGAGACGGGAGGGAAUGAGAGAGAGAGGAGAGGGUAAGAGACAGGGAGGGGAGGGCAAAGAGAGGAGGAAAGAGGGGGGGCAUGAAAAGGAGGAUAAGAGAGAGAUGAGGCAGGGAAGGGGGAGUAAGAGACCUUACCAUAGGACUAUACCUGGCAUGGAGCUCUCCUUCCCUGAAAAUGAAGUGCCUGUUGACCAGGAAAUGGUAGAGAAUCAUCUAGAACCCAGUGUUCGUAUUAAACAACAGCACAGUGAGUCUGAGAAAUAUGUUAACAUGGGACAGCCUAAUGGUGUAUAUGGUGAGAGACCGUUUGAGUAUAAACCAGAGACAGAUGUAGAGUCUUCAGUGGUGGAGCCUUCAGUGGUGGAGCCUUCAGUGGUGGAGCCUUCAGUGGUGGAGCCUUCAGUGGUGGAGCCUUCAGUGGUGGAGCCUUCAGUGGUGGAGCCUUCAGACGUAAAGCCUUUAGACUCCAAACGUUCAGUAGUAGAGCCUUCUGACAUAGAGCCUUUAGAAAUAGAGCCUUUAGAAAUAGAGCCUUUAGACGUGGAGCCUUUAGACGUGGAGCCUUUAGACGUGGAGCCUUUAGACGUGGAGCCUUUAGACGUGGAGCCUUUAGACGUGGAGCCUUCAGAUGUGAAGGUUUUAGAAGGUCCCAGUGAGCAGACUGACCCAGAGCUGGAUGGUCCAGCCUUGGAGAUGGAGGAGUGUCCACUGAAACUGUUCCACAUCUACGCCAAACUUUCGAAAGGGACGGCUGCUAAGGAACUACUUUCGAGAGAGAGUAAAUUCACAGUGACAGAGGUGGGACCAGACUCAAACACUCAGGUUAGUGUUAUAUAGAGCAAACAAAUCUAGUGAUUCAUUAAUCUAUAAUGUUAAUCUAUAAUGUAUUCAUAACUGUCCUCCAGAGUUCUUUAGUGUUUAUCUAGUACACCCGGUUCUGUGAAUGUCACCUCUCCACUUUGACAGCAUAACAGCUUGUUUCUGCUCCUGCAGGGUGAGGACACAGAGCCAGGCAAGGCUCCAGUACGCUCCAAACACCUGCGCUUCAACUGCAGCCACUGCCAGAAGCUCUACAAGGGAGGUAACGUGGUGAGACACACCCUGGCCCACCUGAAGCUGAGAAAGACCAGGCUCAGCUGUGUCUUCUGCGGCAAACACUUCCAAAGGUACAACCGCGCCAAGGAACAUGUUCUAGAGCACAUAGAGGAACUGAGAACUUCCACGGCCAACAUUAAGGUCAAACCCGCUGUCAAUGGAGACACAGAUCCCUCAAAGAAUAUUAAUCAAUCCUCAGAGAACGAAGCGAAACCCAGUGAGAACGUGACCGAGCCCUCGACUCUGACGGACCAGCCUCCUAAACCCAAACGUGUUAAAGUGUUGCCGGUGGUGAGCAAGCAGAGUAGAAUCAUCCAGAACCUGAGAAACCUGAUCAGAAAGACCCAGAACCAGAAGUGUAAAACGGACAUGGACAACCUGAAGUCUGUGGAAGUGACUGAUGAACAGGUGACUGUGAGAGACAAAGUGGUGAUCGUGAGAGAGGUGGUGCCUGGGAAGGAGACCGAGGGAGGAGAGGACAAAGAGAGUGAGGGAGGAGAGGAGGAGGGGAAGCAGAAGCAGUACCACCUGUGUCCUUCAGAGGGCUGUGACAGCAUCUUUAUGAAGAUCGGCCCAUCGCUGCUGAGACACGCUGUCACCUACCACAUGGAGGACGCAGCCGUCCUGGACAAGACCUUCCAGUGGGGGAAGGGGAAGUGCCAGAUCUGCCAGAGGUAAGAAGUUUCUUUCCCCACAGAUUAUUUCCCAGGUCAGUUAGGCCCCACCUAGACCAAAAUGUAUCUAGGUGGGGCGGGGUUCCGACUGUACUAUGGUGUCACUUAUGUCUCCAUCUGUUUCUUGUUGUGCCCCAGGCUCCUGUUGGUGUUUGAGCACUACAGAGACCACAUGAAGCUCCACGAUGCUCCUCUGAAACAUGCGUGUCUCCAUAUGAACUGUGGCCAGCGCUUCAAGACUGCCCAGGAGCUCAAAGACCACAUAGACACCCACUGCCCACUCCAGGCCCCUUGUGGUUACUCUGGCUGUAGGAAGAUCUUCUUUACCCUCCCCUCUCUCCACGACCACGAGUGGAGGCACUACACCCAGCCCCAGUCUAAAGACGAGCUGGAGCUGGGCGCUACCACAGAGCUGAGCCCUGAGGGCGAGGCCCCCUGGAAACAGAGGGCGAAGAGCCAGGAUGUGCCAGUGCACGGGUGGAGGGGGCAGAGGGAAAUGCCUACUCCCAAAAGCAGGCGCUCUGAUCCUCAUGAGAAGUGCCUUCACUGUAACAGGUGAAAAGAGGGAGACUCCACACACUGCUGUCAAAUUAUUUCUAUAAAAACAACAUUUCAACCAUGAGGUGUUCAUCAGGCCAGGCCUGAGACACGACUUGCAGAAGCUAGUGAGGACACCAAAUCUACUGCUCUCCAUGAUUAGGCUUCAUCUUGGUCUGGGGAACCAGCCCGUAGAUGGUUGAGCUGGUAAAUUAAUUAAGGCCUGGUGUAAAUGGUGUUGCUUAUGUCCCUAUCCUUUUCUGUUCCAGGUACCUGUGGAACCACCAGCACUUCCUAGAACACAUGAAGAUCCAUGAUGCUCCUCUGAAACAGGUGUGUCUCCACCUGAACUGUGGCCAGCGCUUCUCCAGAACCCAACUACUCUGGGAGCACAUGGAUACGCACCUGCCUCUCCAGGCCCCCUGUGGGUACUCCGGCUGUGACCUGAUCUUCUCCCGCCUCCCCUCUCUCCACGACCACGAGUGGAGGCAUUACAUCCAGGGCCAGCCUAAAGACGAGCCGACAGAGAAGCAGAGUGCUACCAAAGAGGAGGGGCAGACUCCGGAGUCAGACACCAACGGUAACAACUAUGACGGCCCUAUGGAGACUCCAGACACUGUUCAUGGUGCUGUCACCACCCCUCCUAGUGACUGCACACUGAAACUCAUCAACGGCCAUGAUGAAAAGGAUAGGAAAGACCAAGCCCCCCAGACAGCCGUCCCUGCCACCACUACCACCUCUCCCACACCCCCAUCCCAAACCACCACACCCACACACCCCCAUCCCAGAAUCCUCCAAAACCUCACUGAGCCAAUGACCAUGAGGGACGUGGACAAUAUCGUCACUUUGGCUCAGGUGAUGCCAGGCGGAGAGGAACCAGUCAUCGCGGAACACAAGACUUUCAAACCAGAGGAUCCUUCCUACCUACCACUGGCCAAAGCCCCCCUCAUCCGCCCGCCCCCCUCUACAUACCUGACCGAGGCAGCCCUCAGCAUGCGCAAGCGCAGGAAGCCCAGCGAGGUCACUUCCCGCGGGCCUGGCAAAAAGAGUAAGGCUGCGGUAAAGAGGAGUGUGGUGGGGAAGAAGGAGGUGUUGGCUGAGAAGGAGGCCCCCCCUCCUCAAAGACAGCGUUGCUCCAAGUGUUUCUCCUCCUUCACUAGCCCAGAGGAACUGGAGAAACACCUCUCCCAAAACACCUGCUCCUCCCUCUUCAGCUUCGACUCAGAUGAUGAC